AUGCCUUCCUCUAGCCAACCCUCGCCAUCUGACAACCUACAAAUCUUCGCCACAGCCCACAGCCAAGCUUUUGUCCUUGCAAACACGGCCCCAGGUUCCGAGGAUCCCAAGCUCCUGACGCUGGAUCUCGGUAACCACCACAAGGCAACUGCGGCAGAGGCAUCUCCGGACACAACUUCGGUGAAAUGGGCUGGCAUGGUGAAUCUCCGUGACCCUUGCUUUUCCAUGAGCCGCUUAGCAAUGAACGCGGCGCCCUGCCUACGGUGCUUGUUUUUCAUCCAAGAUGGCGAUCCUACGCGACUUUGCCUCAACUACAUCUGGAAGGACAACGGGGCCAAGGGUUGUCUCGAGUGUGUUUACGAUGGCAAAGGUGGCAGCACGCCCACCGAGACCGUCUCAUCGCAACUACGACUUGCCCGCCACUAUGCAUUACAAGCUCUUCUCGGGGGUAUCAAGGAUCCGGCUGAAGCACUGGAGUUGGCUGAUAUUAACGUCCUCUAUUCCGUUCAUCGCUCCCACGAACGCGAAGAACGGGCUAUGAUGCGCAAGGAGAUGGAGCAGGCAGAAAGGAAAGAGAAGCGGAAGGGCAAGAAGCCGAAGCAUCGUGGCAACAAGACAGACAGCGGCAAAGGAGCUGCCGGGAAAAGUGACGGCGAAACCGCAACGGAGCUACCGGUUAGUGACACAUAUCCCAGCGGAUUCGGCAUCCAGCUCGCCCACGUCGUCCUCUUACGCAAAAUCUGGAGGCAGAAUCAGACGACCCUGGUGCAGCUCGAGGCCCAAAGCGUGCUCCUGUCUGCCCUCAUGAGGGGGGAGGUGCAAGCCCCCUCGCUUCUGUCUUCAGCGUAUGAAGAAAUGGUCAAGUCGGUAAAGCUGUCGUGCGAGGUCUUGGAGAAGCUCUUGGAGAAAUUCGAGGUGCAACCUCAUGGUUUGAAUAUCCCGGACAAGCUGAGGAAGGCUGCGAUGGAGCUAUAG